AUGCAGAAAACUCAACCUGUGAAGGUUCCAGUGAAUAUUGUGGAAUAUAAGGGCGAUCAUGUGGGUUCUUUUGUUGCAAAAGCUGGGAGGAGGAUGGUCGAUAUCUGCAAGGAAGCUGCAAACAGGAUGAAACUUGGCAACGAGGAUGUUGUCAAAGCGGAAGUUUUGCGGAAUGGAACGCUUGUGGAAGUGAAACCGACUGUUAAGGUAUCUGCUAACGAAGAGUUGACUAUCACUUUGGAUAUACUUGGCCGUGUAAGUUUAUUUUCAGAGGAUUUCAGGUGUAAGAUAAGGUUUUUGUUGAAAGUUUGUGAUAAAUGGAAAAUUAUAUUGUUUUACGUGUUUGAUAGGUUGAUUUCAACUAUAGAAUUGAAUCUUUUUGUGUUUUAGAAUUUACUUUGUGUGUUGUAACUUAUUGGUAAUGUUGUGUAAUUAUAGCGAAAGAUGGACCCGCUGACAGAAUCAGUAAUGUUCUCUGCAAAUAGCAAAGCAUUGGCUGCGUUCGUUGCUGACUACACAUCGGAUCAUACGUUUUUCUUUCUUUUGUGUUUGUUUCUGAUGCUGUUUUAGGUAAUUUUUCUGAACUUUUCUUAAAAACAAGUCUAUUUUUGUUGGUUUAGCUAAUGUUUUACCUAAAUGUCACUUUUUGAGCUUGUUUUGUGUCAGAAUAUCGCCUUGUGUAACAUAAUAAGGUCAUUUGCGAAACGGUAAGGUAAUAUUUUUGUGUUUAGAGUUGAAAAAAGAAGUUUGCAAGUUGGAAGAGAAGUAUCUUUUUGGUGGCCAAUUCCGCGAGCUCAGCGCCUAUAGACGGCUUUCAAAUGAUCUUGUGGAUACCAUCACCCGAACUCUUCAGGAUUGUAUUGUGAUUAUUGAGAAAGCCAAUAUUCCUUCAGGUGCGAGCGUCAAUCGACUUACUGAAAAAGAUAUUGAUGUAGAAGGUGAAAAUAUUCAAAAGGCCGGGGACAACAAUGCCAAAGCUGCCGAAGAGGAAGAUUUACCAGAAGAAGAUGUUGAGAUAGAGUGGCACCCGGUGUAAGUUUAUUGAUUAAUAUUUGCUGUAUUGAAGGAGCUUUUGCGGUCUUAUUGUUAAUAUUGCUUAUAGAGAAGUAAGGAGAUUGAUAAACAAUGAAAACGAUACCAUUUUUGUUGAUAAUCAGAUCCAAAAAGCGAGCGAAUGUUGGCUGAAGGCUAACAAGAAGUGA